UCUGUUUUGACUGUCUUAGCAGUUUGAUCUAAUUUGAGGCCGUUAACGUGUUUUAAGGUUACUGUGCUCAGAGUCGCAUGACGUCACGCCCUCACGCGUUGCAUCCCCAGCCUCAGUUUUCUUCAUCAGAGCGGAGAACAGUCCGGAUCAAACGGCGUGGUUUUCUCUUUCCACCUGCAAACGGAAUGUAUUUUUCCAGCUUUUGGGGAUGUAUAGUUUGAACACGCGUUUAGUCGGUUGCGGGACUGUGACAAUUAAAGUUAAAUGAAUUCCCUCGUUAAGUUGAACUGAUUGGUUCAGGGUUAUUUACUGUGGUUUCUACUGACUCUUUGCGGUCGCGGCUGUAAAGUUUUUUCUCCUAAAACCCACUGACAGCUCCUGUGUCGGAUCAAACACGCCCGCGCUGCCGGAGUGUGACAGAGCAGCGGACGAACAGAGGAGUUGAUGGGAGCGGAGUGAAGUGGAAAUGGUCCACCAACGCGCUUCUUCCUUGUGUCUCACUUAUGUUUUUUGUGUGUCCAAAAACUCCGGCUGAUUUGCGCGACGUGGUUGUAGUUGCUUGACUCAGCUCGAGAGUGGGAAUCUCACUGUUGGAUCUACAGGAUGCAUCAUCACUUGAACCCAUGUACUGUGCUACCCGAAGAAAAGAGGAUCUGUCUGACAAGUUCUCUUGACAUUUUGUUUUAAACACCUCUUUUAACCACAUACGAAAUCUCCUCGCGAAAUGAUUUUAACAACUUUAGUCAUUAUAUUGUCCUUCCCGGACUCAGUGUUCACCUUGAAGGGUGACAGCAGUGCAGCCUCCCGGCCCGUCCGCCUGGACUGCGUAAAGGCCAGUGAGCAAUGUCUAAAGGAGUACUCCUGCAGCACCAAGUACCGGACGAUGAGGCAGUGUGUGGCGGGCAGGGAGAGCAACUUCAGUGCGGUCACUGGUCCCGAGGCGCAGGGCGAGUGCCGCAGCGCCAUAGAUGCCAUGAAGCAGAGCCCCCUGUACAACUGCAGGUGUAGGAGGGGCAUGAAGAAGGAGAAGAACUGUCUCCGGAUCUUUUGGAGCAUAUUUCAGAGCUUACAGGGUAAUGAUUUGCUGGAAUACUCCCCAUAUGAACCAGUCAAUAGCCGGCUCUCAGAUAUCUUCCGCCUGGCCCCCAUCAUAGCCGCUGAGCCUGCAUCCACAAAGGAGAACAACUGCCUGAAUGCUGCCAAAGCCUGUAACCUGAAUGACACAUGUAAAAAAUACCGCUCAGCUUACAUCAACCCCUGUACAAGCAGGGUGUCUGCCUCUGAGGUGUGCAACAAGCGCAAAUGCCACAAAGCUCUGAGACAGUUCUUUGACAAGGUUCCACCUAAAUACAGCUAUGGGAUGCUGUUUUGCUCCUGUCCAGCGGGGGAUCAGACAGCAUGUGCAGAGCGCAGACGACAAACUAUUGUACCUGUUUGCUCCUACGAGGACAAAGACAAACCUAACUGUCUCACCCUUCAGAACACAUGCAAGACCAACUACAUCUGCAGGUCAAGGCUGGCAGACUUCAUCAGCAACUGCCAGCCAGAAGCUCGCUCCAUAUCUGGCUGUCUGAGGGAGAACUAUGCUGAUUGUCUGCUGUCUUAUUCAGGUCUUAUUGGUACGGUGAUGACACCCAAUUAUGUGCGAUCUCUUGGUAUUAGCCUGUCACCAUGGUGUGACUGCAGCAGCAGUGGGAACAGCAAACCAGACUGUGAUAAAUUUGCAGAGUUUUUCACCAACAAUCGAUGCCUACGUAACGCCAUCCAGGCAUUUGGCAAUGGUACUGAUGUUGGAGUUUGGCAACCUCAACCCCCAAUUCAACGAACUGUAGUAGAGCCCAGCAUCACCCGGAGGGGUAAAGAGCGAACCAAUAAUGCUCUGGACGCACUGACAGAUAUGACCAAACUGGAUCUUGAUAGUGACUCAUUAUAUCACAUCUGUGGAACCUUACAGGCUCAAAAACUGGUGUCAAAUCAAACAUUGGAUACUACUGUGUGUGUGAAUCAUCAACUGGACAAGUCCAGUGACUCAAAUGCCAUUGCUAGAAGCUCACCAGCUGAACUCAUGUGCUUACACCCCUCCAGUAUGCUCCUUGCACUAGCCUUUGGUUUUACACCAACAGUAUUACCACUAUAAGCCACCUUUUGUAGGAUGUGGGGCCUGUGGAUCAACACUUUUAACUCAAGAAGUAAUUCAGCUCAUGAACUUUAAUUUAGACAUUUGCCAGAGUGUGACACCCACAUUUUUCUUGAGGUGGAAAAGACAACGCAGCACAGUGAGAGCACUGGAAUCAUAGACAACAGUGGACUAUAUCUGAGGAAUCCAUGUUGACUGUUGCAGUGUUGAAAACAGAUCUGCUGAAGCUGUGGCUGAGAUAUCAGCUCAUUUGCCUUCCAUGCCUAGUGGGGGCAAUUUGGUGACUUCCAAAAAAGAAAAAAAAAAAAAAAAAAAAAAAACAUAAGCAAAGGACUGCCAAUGUGCUGAACAGUGUUUAGAGAAUAAUGUGGAUCAGUCUCUGCAUAACUGUGCUUUGAGUCAUCUUGUUAAUGAACUUGCUUUAGUUUAAACAAAAGGGAAACUAAGUGUUGAUCUGUAAUAUGUCAUUAUGGACGACUAACACAUUUCACAGACACACUGUAUGGAAGAAGAUUCAGAAAAACAUUUGAACUCAUUUAAAAGCCCAUGACAUUUUGUUAAAAUAUCCUCGAAGGACAAAGAGCGUAACAGUUUUCUCUUCUUCAUGUUCCGUACUAGGUAUAGAUCAGUUUUGUAGAUUGAUUUGAUUGUUAUGGUGGUUUGUGGUUUCAUCACAUCGCCUCUAAAAAGAGCAAUUUGUACAUAUGAUACAUGAAAUGUGCACUCUGUUACAGUUUGCUGCUGUUAGCUUGUAACAUAUUGUCUGUAAUGUUUUGAGAGUGUAUGUUAGUUUUCGCUGACUGGGGCCUCUCAGCUUCAUCUAGUGUAGCUAUGAUUUUUAAAAUGUGACAGGGUUUGGUUCUUUACAGAUAUGAAUUUAUUGUGUAAUUAUAUUUUGAUGGCAAAGUGCAUAAUGUUAUCUUAAAUGGUAUUUUUCUUGCGGAAUUUCAAACUAUCUGUAACAGCAAAGAGAACAUAAAGAAUUUACAAAAGUGUCUUUAUCGGUCAACAAGUCAAAUAUCCUCUGUUGUUUAGACUGCCACUAUUUGAUUUUAUUUUUUCAUCUUAUUAUAUCUUGGUAAAGAGUAAGAGGACUGGGGGUUGAUGAAUAAAGAAUGUGUGCAUACCCACAAGUGGAGCAAAUGCCAAAAGACAAAAGCCAGUACACAUUAAUUGCUAGCAAUUACUGCUGAUGCAAAUGGAGGGAAAAGAUGAAAACGCUUACAUGGUUAUUAUAUACUUGAUGACACCCUAAUUAUCAAAGACAUUCAAAGAAUGUACAACAUAAUGACAAUGAACGCUGAAGACUUGUUUUGAACAUCUUUACCAUUUUUAAAAAUGUGUAAAAUGUGUUUGUUUAAAUCACUUCCAUGUAUGAUCCCUGUUGACAUCUCAACUAAAGCUUGUAAUGAUGCACUUCUUUAUACAAUGUGUGUCUCAGAUUUGUUUUUAAAAUGGUCAACAAAAAAGUUUGGUCAAAAACUACUACAUAAUUCUUUAAAUUUGUCAUCUAAAUAUUACCAGCAUAAACUUAAAGACAUCUCAUGUAGGAGAACGCCUUUAUGUACAAGUAGCCAUGAAUAUACAUUUUAGAAUUUGGUUUAUCUGUCCAGCUGAAAUAAAAAUGGUGAACAGUGACUCAUGCUGGUUUCUACAGUCAACAGCAAAUGAUACAUUCUGCUUUCAGCUCUUAUCAUUCCUUUUCCACAAUGCUGGUUUAUCUGGUCUUUUAACAACUAGGAAGGACUCCUGUAAAGCAGGGAUUAUGAGAUAGCACCUGGCAGACAGACCACUAUUGUCAGUCAGAUCACAUCAGUCCCGGUGCGGAGUGACACAGGCGGACAAGGACGCAGCCUAUAGAGGACAGACUGCUCGGUGGACAGGAGGGGGACACGUCUCGCCAAGAAUAUGGCCCACCUGUUUUGGCACAGUGAUGGAAUACUUGACCUAGACAGAGAGUCUAAGAUUUAUUAGACGUGUCAGAACCGAAAGGGCCAAAAUAUCCUCCUCAUGUUAUGCAUGAGAUGGAAAUGACAACUGUCCAUUCUAACUAAAAGGAAGGUAUAGUGAAUGGAGAUAUUCUAACACAUGAUGCCUCUAACAAAUCAUUGUAAUAAUUUGAAAUGAUACAAAACAUGUUUUAGAGAACGUGCACUUUAAAGGAAUCGUUUGUGACAUUUUGGUUAAUAUUCUUGUUCGCUUUCAAGAAUUUCUUACAUCUUGUUUGUUGAAUCCAUACAAAACUGUAGUUAAAAACAACAACUUGCCAUUUUAUGAGGGGUUAUGUGCUGGACUAUUUCUUGGCUGGGACCAGUUGCUAGGCAACCAGGGGAGACUCCAGCAAGAUACUGGUCCCAUUGGUUACUCAAAGUUAUGUUCCCAAAGGAUAAGUCCAGGGAUCUUCUAUAUUUGUCUUGUUGUCAACGAAUUUCAUAAAACCAACAGUGAGUUGAUCCCAUUACUAUUGUACAUGUAGUUAAAGUUUGAUAUAGCUUAUUCUGUCUUCUGUGCAACAGAUCUUUAUUGUUAUUAAAAAACUAUUUAU